AUGAUGAUGAUGAAAAAAAUUAAACAAUAUCUAAUCAUCUUGUUUUUUUCCUGCUUAGUGAAGUAUUCGUUUUCAUCAUUUUUUGAUAUUGAUACGCUCCUUGCUUUUUUCACGCCCGCCUUUUGUAUGGACGACGUGGGCGCCAGCUCACAGUCGUCCUUGCCCACUGUGAACCCAACCCCUGACCCAGCCGCCCCAGCAGAGCCUCAAGCCCCUGACCCUGACCUUUCCCUUCCUUUACUGGAUGACAACGCUCGUCGCGCCGAACUAAAUGAGCGCGGGGGGUUUCUUCAUUUUGGGGACUUGUCGGAUCAGCAGAAAGACAAAGUGCUAAACGCACAAGUCAAAAUCGAAAGGGCCAUUGAGAAAGCUCUGCUCUCCGACGGGUAUUCCCGGGAUGAGCUUUCUCAAAGGAACAAAAGGGAUGAGAUUAGGGGCUUUUUGUUCUACCGUAAUGGGAAACUUCUUUCGAUGAAAACAUAUGACUCAUAUGUAAAAGAAGUCGAAUUAGGGACCCACCGGAGCCAACCCUAUAAGGUUCUUAUCAAUGCCAUCUCUUCUUCCAAUCUUUUUUUAAAGAAAGUCAAAAAAAUCAAGAGGUGGGAAUUAGGAAGACAGUGGGAACAGUGGGGGGGGAGAAGGUGA